CUCGGAGGCUUUCGAUUUGUUUGGUUCGUGGGCGGUGCGUGCACAGCCCGGGAAAAGCGAGAAAUGGCGACGCCGAUCGCGGGCUCCCGGCCCGCCCUCGCCCUAAACGGGCUGAUGGCCGCUGACAGGGGACGCAGAUGUGUCCUAAAGUUCUAGGAUGGUGGUUACCUUUGGAAAGUCCACCUUUGAGAUUCACGGCAUAAUAUGGAAUACAGAAAGGAGCAGGAUAUUGGGAGUGUGUGGCAUGCAUCCGGACCAUCAGGAAGCUCUGAAAAAGAACCGAGUGCUCCUGGCCAAACAGCUGUUGCUGAGUGAACUGUUAGAACAUCUCCUGGAACAAGACAUCAUCACCUUCGAAAUGAGGGAGCACAUUCAGGCCAAAGUGGGCAGUUUCAACCAGAAUGUGGAACUCCUCAACUUGCUUCCCAAGAGGGGUCCUCGUGCUUUUGAUGCCUUCUGUGAGGCCCUGAGGGAAACUAAGCAGGGUCACCUGGAGGAUCUGUUACUCUCAACCCUCUCUGGUCUUCAGCAAGUACUCUCACCGGUAUGGAGCCCUAGACAUGCGUUGAGCCGUGACCAUGACUUGAAUCUGUCUUUCCCGGUGUGUGAGUCCUAUCCUCCUCACAAGCGGCUCCGCCUUUCUGUAGAUACUGUGGAACACUCCCUGGACAACAGAGAUGGCCCACCCUGCCUUCAGGUGAAGCCUUGUACUCCUGAAUUCUAUCGGACACACCACCAGCUGGCCUAUAGGUUGCAGUCUCGGCCGCGUGGCCUGGCACUGGUCCUGAGCAACGUGCACUUCACUGGAGAGAAGGACCUGGACUCCCGCUCCGGAGGGGAUGUGGACCACAGAAAUCUAGUCACCCUCUUCAAGCUCCUGGGCUAUACUGUCCAUGUUCUACUUGAUCAGACUGCACAGGAAAUGCAAGAGAAACUCCAGAAUUUUGCCCAGUUGUCUGCUCACCGAGUCACUGACUCCUGCAUUGUGGCCCUCCUCUCUCACGGCGUGGAGGGCGGCGUCUAUGGUGUGGACGGCAAGGUGCUUCAGCUGCAGGAGGUGUUUCGGCUCUUUGACAAUGCCAACUGCCCGAGCUUACAGAACAAGCCGAAAAUGUUCUUCAUCCAGGCCUGCCGAGGAGAUGAAACAGAUCGUGGGGUUGACCAGCAAGACGGAAAGGGUCCCACCCUGUCCCCUGAGUGUGAGGAGGGCGAUGCUGGUAGACAGGAAUUGCUGAAGAUGCGGCUGCCCACUCGCUCGGACAUGAUAUGUGGCUAUGCCUGCCUCAGAGGGACUGCCGCCAUGCGUAACACCAAACGGGGUUCCUGGUACGUCGAGGCCCUCACUCAGAUCUUCUCGGAGAGGGCUUGUGACAUGCACGUGGCCGACAUGCUUGUCAAAGUGAACGGGCUUAUCAAGGAGCGUGAAGGCUAUGCCCCCGGCACGGAGUUCCACCGGUGCAAGGAGAUGUCGGAGUACUGUAGCACCCUGUGCCGGCACCUCUAUCUGUUCCCCGGACACCCGCCCACGUGACGCCCCUGCCCGGCACCAGGCAACAGAUGGUGUGCUGGGACUUCUGCAGGAUCGCCGUUUCUGUCCUUCCCUCUCAGGGACUGGGAGCUUCAGGCUGGUUUCACAGACUGCCAUCCUUGACAUUGAGCCCGCCCGCAGGCUGGUUCCCCCUCUGUGAGGCUCUCUUCCUGGGCUGGCCCUGGCUGGACUGUUACCAGCAAUGUUUGGCUGCCAUAGAGGAGCUUGGUGAAAGGUGUGUGUAAGCACGGGGGCUUUAUGGGGAAAGGCAUGCAGGUCCCCUCAACGUGUGUGCUCACGUCCUGCCCGGGGCUUUUGUAGGUAGCAUUGUGGUCAGUGCUUUUGUUAUGUUAGUUAAGAUGUCUCGGAGGUCAUCUCCAGUCUUUCAUAUACUAGAGUGAGAGUCCUCGUUUAAUGUAGGCAUUUCCCAUGUGGCUUUGGGAGGACAAACAGAACUGGAGACACACGCUGCUGCUGUGUGUAUGGACCAGCCUGUGCGUUCCUUCCAUGCAGGAAGGACAGUGCCACCUGUGGCUCCUCUGGACUCAAGGAACCUGAGCUGUCAGCAGAGGCUCAGGGUCGGAUGCCUUGCAUCUGGAUCUCACUGAUCUUUAUGCAGGGACGUCCAGAAGGUCUUUUCUCUGAACUUUCCCUGGAAUGAGCCUGGCAGUGCCCACAGGGGCAGGUGAGGGUGGGAUGCUUCCUCAUCCUCUAAUCUGUCACCUGUGCUCCCUUUCUAGUUCUCUCCCUGCUUCUCCCCUGUUCGUGAGAUCCUAAUUAUUGCUGCCUUCAAAUCGGUCUAAAAUACUGCUUAAUUGGCUGCUGAAGGAUGUGAUGUAGUUCCUUGUUCCUGCUUUCUGUUUCUGUAAAUCCCCUUGGAUAUUAUAUGGCCUAUUUCCUUGUCCCCCUAUGUCUCUCUGUUCCAGGGAGGCCUUUGCUAGAUGGCUAUCCGUGUUUGUUUACCCUCAGAGCCGUCCCUAUCUGUGCUUACAGGAGACUUUCCUGUUCCUAAGGCCUCUCUGACUUCCAUUCUUAGUGCUACAAUCUAAUAUCUAUAUAACAGAUUGGUUUUUAAAUAUAAAUCUUGAUCAUGUCACUCCCCUGCUUGGAACCCUUUGGUUUCUCAUUACGCCUCAAGUAAAAUCCAACUCCUUACCGUGGCCUCCAAGCCCCGCCUUCCCCUUGAACCUUACUAAGUGCUGCUUUUUCUCUAAGCAGCAACCCAAUGGCUUCCUCAGUUUCAAACAUUCUGAGCUCUUUCCUGUCAUGAAAAAAGCUCUCUGGGGGUCUACAGAGUGCCAUUCCUCAUCACUUGAUUGGGUGGUUUAUUCUUCAAAUGUCAGCUUAAAUCCCACUUUCUUGUGGAGGCUUUCUCAGGCCAUUCUGUCUCUAAAUGAUCUUCUAUGUUUAUUCCUGUGCCUCUUUAAUUCCUCAUUGCACUUUUCGUAGCCUAUGAUAUUUACUUGCUUCCCUUGUUCAUUCUGUCUCUACUAGAAGCUCCAUGAGGGCAAAACCUUUUUUGUUCAUCAAUAUGUACCCAGUGCCUGGCAUAUGUUAGGGCUUCAGUAAAUGUUGAAGGCAGCAAUCCUAGCUAGAAUCCUACCUUUUGACCAUAUACACAGUUUGAUGUGUUUUCGUAUGUUUUGUUUUAUUCACUGGUAUUAUCCCCUGAAGACAUGUCACAUUGAGACAACUUCCUCUAACAUCUCCCAUGGGGCCUGGCACAGUGCUCGGCCUGUAUCAUAGUUCAGGUGCUCAAUAAAUGCUUGCUCUGUGAGCCAGGUGGUUCAGAGACCUCCAAGCCCUCCCUACCCCUGGGUCAGUAUUGUACGGAAAUAUUUGGGUGAUAAACCUUUCACUUCCCACUGCCACAUUUUGCAUUGCCAUCAGGUGCCAAAUAAAUGCUUAUAUUUAUUACUGA